AUGAGGCAGCCGCAGCCGCGGGCGGUGUCGUUGUCAUUGUCGCUGUCGCUGUCCCCUCUCGGCGCCUGAGGAGCCGCCCGCGCCGCCCGCUCUGCCCCCCGUGCUCCGCCCGCCGCGCUCGGCGCCGCCGCCAAGAUGAUGGAGGAGAUAGACCGGUUCCAGGUGCCCGCCGUGCGCGCCGAGAUGCAGCCGCUGGAUCCAACAGCUGCAGCUAUUUCGGACAGAGAUUGUGAUACGAGAGAGGGAGAGACUGUAGCCAUGAACUAUAAGCCAUCUCCACUUCAAGUGAAAUUAGAGAAGCAGAGGGAGCUGGCUCGGAAGGGGUCCCUGAAGAAUGGCAACAUGGGAAGCCCAGUUAAUCAGCAGCCCAAGAAGAACAACGUGAUGGCACGAACAAGGCUCGUCGUUCCCAACAAGGGCUACUCGUCGCUAGACCAGAGUCCAGAUGAAAAGCCCCUGGUAGCCCUGGAUACAGACAGUGAUGAUGACUUCGAUAUGUCCAGAUAUUCCUCCUCGGGAUACUCAUCAGCUGAGCAGAUCAACCAAGACUUGAACAUCCAGCUGCUAAAGGAUGGGUACCGGUUAGAUGAGAUCCCGGAUGACGAGGACCUCGACCUAAUCCCCCCUAAAUCUGUCAACCCCACCUGCAUGUGUUGCCAAGCCACCUCCUCCACUGCCUGUCACAUCCAGUAGUGAGGCCGGCAGGCUGUGAUCAGUGCUUUCCACUAUAACUGUAAAACUUAACAGCCAUUGCUUCCUCCUAUGGUAGGACGUGCACCUCUUUGUGUUCAUGGAGCCAGGAGAAACCAAAAAAUUCAUUUUAUGAUUGGUUGAUAACUUAUUUUAAACUAUGGUAAAACAAAAGAGAAGUUGCUCAAUGUGCCAGGCAGUGCCUGGCAGAGCUGACUGGUCUGGAGAGCGAAUGCAGAGGGGUCCAGAGAUACCUCCUUGGUUUGUUUAGGCACUGGGGAUAUUUUGUAAAGUGUCUUUUUCCAGAAUGGGAAAGGUCAGAUGGGGCUUCAGGUAAUCCUGCCCACUGAAACCGAUCCAUUUGAAAGAUUAGGGCAAGUUGGAGGUAUCAAAGUGUUUUACCAAUGAGAGGAAGUCAGUUCUUAAUUCAUUCACUCAACCUGUUUCAUUCACAUAACCAAAACAAUAUUAUAACUGGGGCACAGGAAUGGGGACGGACCAGGGCAUCCUUUCUUAUGGCAAGGCUAGCCAGGACUAGCAUGACACAAUUCAUUCACCUGCAAAAGGGACAAGUAGCUGACAUCUCACUGUGAGUCAGUACUAGCUAGAGCUGUUGUGUCACUUAGCCAAUGCAAUCUACCCUUAGCGCCACAUUAAAUUACCAAACACAUCAGGUUCAAUCUGCAAUCCACUCAUGCACUUCAAGGACUUGCUCAUUGCCCAGGAAUACCAACCAUACUUGUGACUUCAGUUCAGUCACGUAUUCUGACUUCAGCCUGUAUUUAAUCCCUGUGCAAUCCAUCUCUUUCCAAAAAUCUUAAACUUUGUUCAACUGACAAGAAAUUAAUCCUGCAUGAGUCAGGACUUGAGAUGUGCUGAACAACAGUGCUGGAAAAGCUAGUUGAAGACAGCACAUUUUAAGAGUGCUUGACUCUUUAUAUUCUCUUGACAUUGUGUCUCUGGGUGUUUGUGGGAGAAACUCGUUAAUGCUGAAGUCAUCAGUGUGGUAGGGUCAGACUUGAGAUGAGUUUUCAGCAGCAGCAGAGUUAUGAACAGCUUCAGCUGAGAGAUGCCCAUGAGAGGAAACUGCUGUUCACCCCCUGUCUGCCCAGUUGUGAGCCUGACAUGGUCCCGGGUCAGGAGCAGUUGGUGCUGGAAAAUUAGGAAACCUGUUACAUUAGGUUGCUGGUCUGAGCUCCCAACUCACCAGCAGAUUGUUUUGAAUGCAGAAUCACUUCUGGAAUUAGGAAACAUGUCUUCUCCCUGACUGCAGCAUAUGCAAGGGAUGGGCUGGCAUUUUUCUUGGUGUUGAAAUCUUUUGCCACAGGCACAAUUCUUGUGUUUCCCUGGCCUUUCAAGAGGAAGGACCACCUGCCUUGGGUCAUCACCUGCUUUGUAGCCUAGGAAAGGAAAAAAAAUGAGGGCAGUUCUGAGCUUCCCAUCAGAAUUCCUGAGUCACAAAGCAGAGCCUGAGCUGCACCACAACAGACAGAUCCCCCAUCUGAAAUCUAUAUGAAGUGAGCUGAGUCUUUAAGUCCUUAAUUAGCAGGAGAUUUUUUUAACAUCCUGGAGAUUUACUCUGUGCAGUGCAAAACUUGAUACCAGCCACAGUGUGAGUGAAAGAGCAGGCACACAAGAUUCCCAGGCUUAUUUACUUGAUGGUGUUGACAACUUUUAAAGCUGUGCUUGUCCCCUCUGCCUAAAAAACGUGCUGCCACUCUGGUUCCAGGCCACGGAAAGAGGACUUGAAUGGUGCUGCUUGUUGAGCAUCCCUGCCUCUUCAUACAGAAGUGAUGGUUAACUUGCCAACUCUUGUGGGGAUAGUGUUCCUCAAGUGAAUUCAUCUCCUUUUCUCACUACCUGGUAGUGCUGCUAAGGGGGAAUAUUUCCAAAAUACAACUCAGGUAUGAGGUUGUCUAGAGGUGAGGGAAGUAGAGAGUACAGAAAAAGAUUAAAGGGAAAAACAUUCCUUAAGGAGUCUUUUUUAAUGGGGAAUGUAGUCAAAAUGUAAUAGAAGUACCAUGGUCAAACCAAAUCCUA